AUGAAACUCUUAUUCGGUCUAAUUCUAAUCGUUCUUUCCUGUGUAUUCAUAUCUGGAAGCUAUGACAGAGAAAUCGGAGUUAUUGGGAAAAGGAAGUUCAAUCGUCCGGGAAAACCUGUGAAAAAUGGAGGUGCUGUCUUUGGGGUCAGAGAAUUCUUAGGAUUCGCUAAUGAUGGGUCAAGCUUCCGUAACCCACUCUCUUCUGGAGGUGGAUUCAGAGCAGGACGAUCCAUCAUUUGGAAAACUUCUGAGCUCCCUUCCAGUCGUGGAAAAUGA